UACGUAACCCUUACCAUCUCCAAAACAGGCCAAAAUUUCAGUUCUAGAAAGAGAAAUUGAAAUUACUUACAUUAGUUUUUAAUAAAAUCUAAACCUAAUAUAUAUAUAUAUAUUAAAAAAAAAUUCCAGAGAGUGCAAGAGAGACUGCAACUCGCUAUUUUUGUCUGAAAAUGAGCGGAUUUGUAGAGAGAGGAAGUCAAUAAUCUUCUGCUUUGCUGCUCAGCAAAACCUCACUGCUCUUUGCGUUCUUUUCUCUUUUCAGGUUCAGAUUAAGGUCUUUGGAAAGCGAACUUUGCUGUUGGCUGUGGCAGAAUGCAUGUGCUGAUAUUGCACUGGUGUGAUAAUCAGGGCAUGUUGCCUUGGUUUAUUUUCCUGGAAAAAUUUAUCUAAAUGGAGAGAAAUCUAGGAGAAGGCAUAAUGGAUCAACAGAAGAACUAUGAACAAGUUCAAUACAAUAAUAUGGAAGCAAGAAAUGAGACUCUUGUAUCAGCAAAUCAAAGAUUUUUCCAAGAUCCAUCUAGUAAUAUUAAUACUAACAUCCGACCUCCUGAUUAUAAUACGUCUGUGGGAGCUAGGCCAGUGCUGAAUUACUCCAUUCAGACAGGUGAGGAAUUUUCUCUGGAAUUUAUGCGGGAAAGGGUAAAUCACAGGCAGCUUUUUUUUCAGAAUGCUUAUGGUGAUCCUAACAGUGGACCUGUCUAUAUGGAUCUAAAGGGCAUUCUGGGAAUUUCUCAUACAGGUUCUGAAAGUGGCUCUGAUAUCUCUAUGCUUAACACGGUAGAAAAGUCCUGUCCCCAGGAGUUUGAGAGAAAGACCCCUUCUGUACAUGAAGACAAAAGCUAUUAUGAUUCCAUGCGAUCUGUAGCUAAAUCCUCUUCAAGAAAUGACAGUAGUCGGGGGCAUAAAGGUUAUGAGUCUUCAAGUGCUUCUCUCAGCUCAUCAACUAAGGUAAAGUUCCUCUGCAGCUAUGGUGGUACAGUUUUACCACGUCCCAGUGAUGGGAAACUUAGAUAUGUUGGGGGAGAAACACGUAUCAUCCGAUUAAGCCGGGAUAUUUCCUGGCAAGAGCUUGUUGAGCUAACCUUAGCAAUUUACAACCAAGCCCAUACAAUAAAGUAUCAGUUGCCUGGAGAGGAUCUAGAUGCUUUGGUUUCUGUAUCUUGUGAUGAGGAUCUGCAAAACAUGAUGGAGGAAUGUAAUGUGCUAGAAGAUGGAGGAUCCCAGAAACCCAGGAUAUUCCUUUUCUCUAGCAGUGAUCUAGAGGAUUCUCAGUAUGGUUUGGGAAGCGUAGAGGAUGGUUCUGAGAUACAAUAUGUUGUAGCCUUGAAUGGCAUGGACUUAGGAUCAAGAAAAAACUCAAUUGCGGCAAGUGUGCCAGAGAACAAUUCAGAUGACUUACUUGGUUUGAAUGUUGUAAGGGAGGCUGAUCGGACUGUGACUGAAGCAGCUGCUACUAGUGCCGCUUCUUUGACAGAUAAUGCACCGUCACCAAUGGUCCAAUCUUUUCAUGCACCUUCACCAAUGGUCCAAUCUUCUCAUGCACCUUCACCAACCCUUCAAUCUUCUCAACCAGUAUUGGCAAGUCCAUCUAGCACUUAUGAAUCUAGUUCACAGCCAUACUUGGAACAAAAAGUGCGUCAUGGAGAAGCUAGCCAGCAGCUGUCCUCUGCUCCCCAGGUAAAUAGGAAGAGUAAUGUUCCUUUGACUGGGCCAUUGCAAUAUGGUUAUGGUUCCCAACCCUCUACCCAUGUAAUGCCCGGAGAAAAUUUAGUAUCAACGCCAUUCCAAGGGCAUGUUACACCCCAGGCAGGUGUAGCCGAAGAGAAGAUGUAUAUGGGCUUUCAAGUGCAAGGUUCAGAAGUAUCUAUAAAAGAGGUGAAACUAAAAAGAGAUAGCUCAGCCCCAAAAAUAACUGAACCUGAAAAAAUUCUAUCCCUAGACAAAGCUCUGCCAACAAAGGAGCCAAAAAUGAAAAGAGAUACAUCUCUCCCAAAGAUCAAUGAAACUGAAAAAACUCGGAUGUCAGAGAGAGAGUACAGUGUCCCUUCAAAUGCAUAUGACAGUUCUGUUCCAAAUCAUAUUUCUAAAAAGGAAGCAUCUGUUACCAUUUCAGUGCCAGACAUUGGCUCACCUUUUUUGCCUGCAAAAAAUUUCAAAAAGACUCAGGAAGCUGUGCAGCAUUUGGUGGCCUCUGAAAUCGUAAAUGAAGGGAGAAAGAACGUUGAAGAUGGGCAGUUUUACACAGCUGGUGGGCCCUUUACAUCUGGAGGUGAUGGUUCUGAGGCUGAUCCAAAUGACUUCGGCCACCUUGAGCCAUCUGUAAUUCCUCAACGAGUUUUUCAUUCAGAGAGAAUCCCUAGGGAGCAGGCAGAAAUGAACCGUUUAUCAAAGUCCGAUGAUUCUUUUGGGUCUCAGUUUCUAAUGACUCAAGCAAGUUCUGAUUCUUCCCAACCAAUUUCAGAAUCAGUUGACAAAAUUCAUGAUGGGAAUUUGCCCCCCCAAGCUGAUCAGUCUGUCACUUCUGCAAAUCCACUGUCUAAAAAUCCUCAGACUGUUAUGGAUGGGCUUGCACAAUUUGAAAAGUACAAAGACUUUGCCAAUAAAAUCACCUCCAAUAUUCCUGAGAAGGGGCUUGAGUCAACUAAGCAGAAAUCUGAAUUUAAACAAGUCACAGUUGAGAGCGGUGUUGGUGAAGAAGCACCUGGGUUAAAUCAUCCCUCAGUAAGUCAAACAACUUCUGUUAAGCACCUUGAAGUUCCUUCUUUGAAGCCAUCUGAUUUUGAACGAAUUGAGAAGGAUGAAGGAAAUCAUGUUAAGGGGCGUGAACAACAUUUGGUAUGGGCAGAGAACCCAAUUAAAGCUACUUCCAAUGUAGAGCCCGCAGCUUCCAUUGGCGCCUCACGGCAUGGAGACAUACUUAUUGAUAUUAACGAUCGGUUUCCUCGUGAUCUUUUGUCUGAUAUAUUCUCAAAAGUAAGAAUAUCCCAGAACCUCUAUGGUAUCAGUCCAUUCCCUGGUGAUGGAGCUGGAUUGAGCUUAAACAUGGAGAAUCAUGAGCCUAAGCGUUGGUCAUACUUUCGUAAUUUGGCUCAAGACGAGUUUGUUAGAAAGGAUGUUUCCCUCAUGGAUCAGGACCAUCUGGGUUUCUCAUCUCCGCUUACAAAUAUUGUAGGUGGGGCUCCAAUCGAUUACAGCUAUCCACCUUUGAAAUCUGCUGGUGCAAUUACCUUAGGUCAUAUUAAGCCAGAGGUCAAUUUUGGUGAGGAGAUCAGGCAGGAGUCAAUUACUGUUACUGCUGCUAGCAACUUGGGUUUAGGUUCAGAUUACAAGAAGUCUCCACACAAGGGUGAUGAAAGUGGACGAGAUGGGGCAAACCACAAAGUACCUGAAUCAGAGUAUGAGGAUGGGAAAUUGGAUAUUUUGAAUACUUGUGUACCUCUUUUGGAUCUUUCCCUUGGAGAUUUUGAUAUCAGUACAUUGCAGAUCAUUAAAAAUGAAGAUCUGGAAGAGCUUGGGGAGCUGGGUUCUGGUACAUUUGGGACUGUCUACAAUGGAAAAUGGAGGGGAACAGAUGUUGCCAUCAAGCGGAUAAAAAAGAGCUGUUUCACUGGUCGUUCAUCCGAGCAAGAAAGAUUGACUGUGGAGUUCUGGCGUGAAGCUGACAUUCUUUCAAAGCUUCACCAUCCCAAUGUUGUGGCAUUUUAUGGCGUGGUGCAUGAUGGACCUGGAGGAACACUAGCCACUGUCACAGAAUACAUGGUGAAUGGCUCUCUUAGACAUGUUUUGCUUAACAAAGAUGGGCUACUUGAUUGUCAUAAGCGGCUUAUUAUUGCCAUGGAUGCAGCAUUUGGGAUGGAAUAUUUACAUUCAAAGAACAUUGUGCAUUUUGAUUUAAAAUGUGACAACUUGCUUGUCAACUUGAAAGACUCCGUACGACCAAUUUGCAAGGUUGGGGACUUUGGGUUGUCAAAGAUAAAAAGGAAUACCUUGGUUACUGGUGGUGUGAGGGGAACUCUUCCAUGGAUGGCCCCAGAGCUGUUGAAUGGUAGCAGUAGUAGGGUUUCUGAAAAGGUUGAUGUGUUCUCAUUUGGCAUUGUCCUAUGGGAGAUUCUAACUGGUGAGGAACCCUAUGCUAAUAUGCAUUACGGAGGAAUAAUAGGGGGCAUUGUUAGCAAUACAUUGAGGCCACCUGUUCCAAGCUACUGUGACCCUGAAUGGAAGUUACUAAUGGAGCAGUGCUGGGCUCCUGAUCCUGUGCUUCGACCAUCAUUCACAGAGAUUGCUAGACGCUUACGUAUCAUGUCCUCAGCAUGCCAGACAAAACCACAUGGUCAUCAGCCGCAGAACCAAGUACCCAAGUGAUGGCUCUCAAUGAGUCCCUUAUUUUGAUGCCCUCGUCAAUGAUAUAUGGUAGUUUAUUUUCUUUUACUCCAUAAACGAUGUGUGUGUUAUAUGGGCAAGGGAGGAGGAGCUCCGAUUGAGAGGGUGAGAUAAUGAUUGUUUUUUGUAAGACUCAAAAAAUCUGUUUUAUAUGUAAAGCUAUUAUAUGUGUCAAUAGUGGAUACAAACUCUGUUUUGGUGCUUGUGACCCAAGUUAAUACAGAGUGUUUUUGGUUUGUCAGUGGUGCUUGCUUGCUUGCUUGCACACAGUAGAUAGAUAUUCUGGUAAGUUUAAGGCACCUCCAAAUACAAUUAGCUGAAAAAAGGUUUCUACAAGUUUUAUUUUAUGCAA